GUGACAGUGUGGCGAUCUGUCACGCCAGGAUUCUCAACAAGGCAAGUUGAGGGGCUCCGGGGUACGUGUUUGAUACAGAGGAAAGUGGAUUUUCACUUUCCUCAUUUGUUUGUAAGGUCCAUUUUGGGACCUGGAGCCUGGAGAUUUCAAAGCGAUUUGGGAGGGAUGAAAUCUCCAAUCCUGGGACCAGGUUUUGGGAAUGGCCAGGGGACUGAUUUGCACAGGUGUGUGCAGGCCUUUUCAUAGAGUCAGGACCAGGGUUCUGGGUUCCACCCCGGCAGACAGGAGUCAGGAGGUCUCUGCCUUGGAGUUAGAAGGGCUUCACCAAGGAGAGGGGGAAGCCAG